UCGCAGUCUUCCUCUCCGUCCGUCUCUCUGACGGCGCCAUUUUGCCCCUCUCCUCCCCAGGAUCCGGCGCUAGAUUAGGGGGGGUGACUGCAGCCCCCCGUACCCGUUUUCCUGUCGGGAGCCUCUCCGGUUCUCUCCUCCCCUCCCCCCGGGGCUCGGUGCCGAGUGUUCCAGGAACUCUUGCCUAGGAGCACAUUACAUUUUUUAUCCACCCCCCGACCUUCCCUAUUGCCCCCCUGUGGGGGGGGGGGGGGGGGGGGGGAGUGAAGAAUUCUGUUGGCCAGCAGGACUGCUGAGUGCAGGAGGGGCCCCUGGAGCCCGGAGAGGGCCCCCACCUCCCCUGGCCGGACUGGCGGACACCCACACUUCCCUCUCAGCCGCAUCCUGUGUACCCCUCAUUGGAGUUGCCUGGGGGCAGUGUGGCCAACGUCAGCCCCCCCUCUGGGGAAACAUCCCCCUCCCCUGCCCUAUUCCUUGUGCUGAAUGGCUGCGAUGGCACCUGCUCUCACUGACCCUGCCCCUGACGCCCGCAACCUGCACUUCAAGCUGGCGCCCCCAUCUUCCUCCCUCCCCAUUGGUGAGACCAACGGUGGCUGUCUUCCUCCACCUGCCCCGCCAGACCUGGUAACAAAUUACAGUGGAACACCAGGAAAAUUGGCUGGGGUUUUCACUCCACGGUCUAUCUUGUCUCAGUCACUGUGUCGGGGGCGUUCCUCCAUUUUGGAACUCAACCUGGAGGAGCUGAGAGGCAUUGCCAAUUCUGGAAGAGGGGGCCAAGGAGGACCUUUAAACGGACUGGCCAAAAGACCUGCAAAGCCAGCCGUGGACAAGCCCCCAAGCCUUGCCCUUCCUACAUUGGAUCCUUGGGUAAAGGCCCCAGUUGUUCCUCCAGGAUCGCCUGCUGCGGAACAUGAACAGAAUGGUUCUCGUGUUGAGCAUGGUUCUGAUACCCGCUUGAAAGCCUUGUUACGGCGUCAUGGAGAGAUGGAAAAGAGGGCACGAUCCAUUCAGAAGAGACUUCAGUUAGUCCAAGCAAAGCAGGUUGAACGUCAUCUCCAUCAACAGCUGGGUGGUCUGGUGGGGGCGGCCUUUGGUCGGGGUCCAGACACACCUCGCAGUCGUCUGACUGUAGUGACGCGUAAAGCGGAUGCCCAACGUCGAGGAGAAGCGGGAAGUGGCAGUGUAGAUGCUUUUUUGAAGGGAACAGCUGGUGAACUAGAGAGACUGAGCUCCUCAGGGUCUGCUACUCUACAGGCAUGUGAGCGAGGAUUUGACUCUGAUGCCACCGAAAGUAGCUCAGGAGGGGACUCUGAUGUGGAAGAGGAUGAACUGAGACAAGUGGACACCCCGCAGAGCCACAUCCCUCUAAAGAGACGCUGUGAGUGGGUUUGGGCUCAGGAGCGAGCAGAUGUAGUAAGUCGGUGGAACUGGCUGCAGGCUCACGUGUCUGACCUGGAGUACCGGAUCCGGCAGCACACAGACUUCUACAGACAGCUGCGAGCAGGGAAGGGCCAGGUUGUCCUUGGAGAUGCCAGUCCAGCAGAAAAUAAUGCAGGGGACUCUGUACAAACCUCUCCCAAAGAUGCAAGAAAGGCAGCCUCUGCACCCCCUUCCCCAGAACCUGAAAAAAAGGCUAAUCCAGAAGCUACAGAGGCUAAAAUCUUGCCGAAACCCAUCAAUGGAGUGGUUACUAUGCUCCCAUCACGCUCGGAGUUGGAGGAGCAGACCCAGAGUAAGCCCACGGCCACCAUGGUGGAUAACAGCUGUGUUUGUGCAAGAACGAGACCAGUCCUCCACUGUAAGAGAAGGAGGGUAGUGAGACCAGACAGGCUUCUACCACUCCACAGGAAGGUUCAGCGCAGUGUUCCGCGGUCUUGUGAGGUCUCCUCAUCGUGCGUAAUGUGUGUCACUUACCCGGGGGCUUCAAGCCAGUUUCCGUACAAUGAUCCACUCUCUGAACGUCUGACCCUUUUGGAUCCAGCUAUUCAUCCUGUGCUCUCCUUUCCUGCUGAUGUCCCGGUUGGUCUACGACUUCACUCCCUACUUCGUUCACACAACAAGAUGGAGAGGCUAAAAUCCAGCAAAAAGUUAAAACAGCGCCCCCAAAAUCAAGUCCUCUCCACCCCUCAGGGUGCUCGUACAGACAGAACGACUGGGAUUUUCCAUCCUCACAGACUGACUGUCCAUAGGCCUUCCCCAGAGACCCUCCUGAAACAGCACUUGGAACCCUUACAACGCACCUUAAAGUGUGAGCGUAUGUCAACCCUAAAGUCAGAGCGCACGCUCUCCCUUCCCAUACCCCUCAACAAAAAGAGGCAUUAUAGUCCCCUGGAGAGGGAUGCAGGAAGACACGAGACAGAGAGUGGUAGAUCCAGUCCUGCUUUAGAAAACUUUCCCAACCUGUCUCAUAUGCCUUUAUCUCGGCAACUAUCAUCUUCAUCUGAAGGGACGACUUCUGCAACACUCAGCGCUGCCGCCGCCGCCGCUGCUGCGGCUGCCAGAAGGCGACGGGUGGAGACAUCUUAUGACAUUGACAACAUUGUGAUCCCCAUGUCUGUGGCGGCCACCACCAGAGUGGAAAGACUUCAAUACAAAGAGAUUCUCACUCCCAGCUGGCGGGUAGUGAAGAUCAGUCCACUGACAAGUACAGAAGAAGAUUUAGAAGGGUUGGAAGAUCUGACUGAUGCAGCAUACUCUGCGCUGCAUGCCAAGUGUGAGGAGAUGGAGCGGGCACGAUGGGUCAGCAGCAGCAUCCCACCACAGCGUCGAGGAAGCAGGACUCAUAGAACAUCGGAAAGCUCCAUGACUCAGUCUUCACAGCCUCUCACACCGCAGCCUCCCUCCCCUGACACAAGCAGCUGGCAGGCCAUGCCUGACUUUUCUCCACUCAGCCCCGAUGUCCUAUCUGCCCCUCCGACACCCACUUCAAGAGACACCCCACGUCUUAUCUCAGAGGAGACACAGAGUUCAGUGUCAGACUCAGGGUUCGAGGAGACGACCAUACAGCCGUGGGAGAGACGACAUUUCCCCCUUCCUUAUCAACCCAAACAGGAUCUUGCGGGAACCAGCGAACCAACAGACUGGGGAGGGCCUCGCCCUCCACGUAGAUCUUCCUGCAGCUCCAGAACUGCCAAAGAUACAGAGGGACCCCCAUCCUCCCCACCCUGCUCCUCGACCAGACCCCGACCCCUCCACAGAUAGAGUGGUGGGCUGUUCUAAAAGAGUUAAAUGGUGGGGGCAGGGGGAAGAAAAAAAAGAAGAAAAACUAUAUAUAAAUAUAUAAACCCAACAAGACAAUUUGGUUAAAGAGGAAUCCGUUGUUUGAUAUUCAAACUUUAUCCCAGGAGCAGAAUGCCAAUUUCACAGUUUUUAGUGAAUUUAAGAACUUUAGAUACCCGUUCAUUCUUGUUUUCCAUUGUGUUUUUCUUUUUCCUUGCUUUUGUUCCCAGUUUUCUUUUCAUCGAGCUAUGUUCUAAUUGUGACACUGUACGUAACCCGCUGCUGUAACACUCUGUGCACAAAGCAAGUAACAAAGUUGUAGUCACUAGAGUCUGUGGCACUCCUUAUGUCCCAAUGUGGUCCUGCUGGUUAGCCGGAGGUUUCGGAGUGAGAGGUGGGAAGAGAUGCAGGUUAAAUGGAUUUUGAACUCUCUUACCAAUCAGACCUUGGCAAUACUGUCCGUCUUCAUGGAGACCAACCCUUUAACCUGUCAUGUUCUUAGUUGCUUCUUCUGUGCGUUUCUUACGUUGUAGCACUUACCACUGUUGAAGGACGAAUCAGACAUUUCAGAUUUAAAUCAUUGUAUUUACUAGUCAGUCCGACGUAAUCCUCAUAGAUAAUGGUGCAAGAACCUUGUUUUUUUUUAUUUUUUCGUUUCUUUAUUUUUUUUUAUAUUUUUUUGUAAAUUAACCUGAUUUGCAUAUGUCCACAUUCUGUGAUGACCAAGACACAUCAUGUCCUCUCAUCAUUUAAGAAAACCCUCCAUAUAAUAGAUGUUUACCUAUGGGAUUCGAUUCUGCCCCUGUUCGCCAUAGUUUAACACCCUUGUGUAUAAUCCUUGUCUGCAGUGUGAUGUCAGCAGACAUAACAUUGCGAUUUCAUCAUCUUUCUUUGUCCCUUGAUGUCGUAUGGUUAGAGCAGUGUUUCCCAACCAGCGUGCCUCCAGCU